GUUACUUCGUACGGCAGCCUUGAUUAGAAACUCAUGACUGACUCUUGACGCCACUACGAGUGGGCGGCGGCGGAGGAUGGACGAGGUGACAAGGGUGUAUAUGAGGUAGGAGGACCCAGCUGAGCGUACUUCUUCUAAUCUCAUCACCUUGUUAUUCGUACCGUCUGUACACACGACUCCACCGCGUUUGCUUUGCGUUUCUCUGCUGCUUCAAGAUCGCCACUCGCUACGAUCUUGAACGAACACUCGCUUUGUGGGAUCGCAUCUGCUUUACUCCGGUCUGCCAAGUCCAGUAAUACCAAUCCUUGAAGCCAACAACAAAUACGCGACCAUGUACGCCGAGCUCUUGCUUCUCGCGCUGUUUGGGGGUGCCACGGCUCGCCCAGGUGUUCUAGAGCGUGCUUUACCCUCCAACGCAAGCGUAAUUGCCUCAUCAUCAAGCCUACCGUCGACGAGCAAUCCUAUUACACCGGCGUACCAGCACGAGACGUUAUAUACCACCUUCGUUACCACCUGCCUUGUCAGUGGAACAUGGACUGUAGAGACCGUGUCCGCGCCGAUCACCACAACAACCGGCGCUUCAAGCUCACCGAGCUUGAGCAUACCUUCCAGCCUCACAAGCCGACCGGCUUCAUCAGGCUUCCCCGUGACGAGCAGUACAUCGAUCAACUCGACGACGGUGCCUCCGACGUCUUCGCGGCCCGCUUCGUCAAGCCUCCCAGUCACAAGCAGUACAUCAUCCAAUUCGACAACGGUGCCUCCAACAUCUUCCCGGCCUGCAUCAUCAAGCCCCCCAGUAACAAGCAGCGUCUCCACGAACUCGACGACGGCGCCCCCUUCCUCAUCGCGGCCCGCGUCCUCAGGCUUCCCGUCUUCAAGCAGCCCACGAAGCAACACGACGUCGGCAUCUCCCUCAUCCUCGCGCCCCGCCUCUUCGAGCUUGCCGACCACGACUACUCGGCGGACCACCACGAUUGAGACGAGCUACACAACAUUUGUCACCACCUGCACUGUCGGCGGCACAGUAACCACUGAGACAGUCUCCGCGCCCAUCACCCCAAUAACCAGCUCCUCCAGCUCAGCGAGCAUGUCUCCGAGCCGCAGUGCAAACACGACUUCAAGCGUGCCAAUAACAUCAAGCACACGGUCCAGCACGACACCAGGCGUGCCGAUAACCUCAAGCACUCAAUCCAGCACAACCCCAAGCGUGCCAGUUACCUCAAGCACACGAUCCAGCACGCCUUCCGGACCAACCACGCAGAGCAGGAACGGCACGACGACAGUGCCGGUCAGCUCGAGCUCGAAGUCGACCUCGCCAAUCUCGCCGGUGACAAGCUCAAGUUCGACCCUGGCAUCGCGCAGCGUCAACAUCACCACGUCCAUGCCCACUGGAGGUCAGAGCACAAGUCCGAUUACAAGUUCCACCCAGCCAGUAACCUCGCCUACCACAAGCUUGACUUUCCCACCAAUCGUGCAGACUACGACCUACACAGCUACCACCACCCUCACUUCUUUCGUCCCGUGCAGCUCGCCUGUCGGAACCAGCUCAGGCAUCACUUACUUCUCGACCUCGCUCACGUCGACUCACAUCACGAGUACAUACGUUACGACCGCUACGGUCACGUAUGUCGUGUCCACCCCGACGCCAGCGGUACCGGGAAGCACGACUGUAUCGCCAGUGACUGGCUCUCAAGGCUCGUGCGCUGCAGUCCAGACCGUCACCUCCAUCGGCCAAUGCGCUUGUCCUACCCAGGCGACCAUGACCGUGAUCCAGACUGUCUACACCAACAUGCCACCAGCGCCAUCGACGUCUCCGGCAGUCUCACACACCACUGAAACGGUGACGAUCACGCUCGGCAAUGGCCACACGACCAGCGUGACCGUCAGCUACUCGACCACCGCGUCCAGCUCCUCCGCGGCACCAACCACACCUAAAACUAGCCCAUCAACCUCCUCAGCCCGACCAACCACACCGGCUACCACUAGCAGCAGCACACUCCCGCCCUACCCGAUCACAAGUGGCAGCUCGUCGAAGCCGAACUCUGCUCCGACCGCGCCAGGUAGCAGCUCUGGUUUCAGGCCUUCCGGCAGCGUGAGCAUGAGCGCCAGCAGCUUCGUACCGUCUGGCAGCGUGAGCACGAGCUCCAGGACUCUGGUACCCACCGGCAGCAUCAGCAGCCCCAGCUCAUCGGCGUCCCCGAGCAGUGGCUGGUCGACAACAGCCGCUUGGGGACCUUGGGGAGGCUGGUAAACACUGCGAGAUUGACGCCACCGUCCCUUUUUU